AUGGCGGCCAACAGCAUUCCACUGCACUGCAACAUCUGUCCCAAGCGCCCAAACUUCAGCGAUGUAUCUCACCUGCUCACCCACGUCGCCAGCAAAGGCCACCUCUCCAACUACUACAAGGUCAAGGUCCGGGCAACCAAUGAGGAGGCCUCUCGCCGACUGAUCGAGUCGUACGAUCGUUGGUACUCCGAAUGCAACGUCGAGGAGCUCAUGUCGGAGCGGAUGAGCCAGAAGGACAAACGCCGGUCUCGCGCAAGGCCAGCCGGUACGCUUGAAGCCCCGCGUCCUGCUCGCCCUCGAGCUGCUUUUGGCGCCCUCCUCGAUCCACGUCUGUCUGAACAACAACAGAUGAUCAAGGUCGAGAACGCAGUCACGCCCACACACACCCCUCAGUCAGGGCCUGUCCUACGCCAUCGUCCUUUUGCCCCUCACAUGCAAUACUGGCCCACGGAGUCUCGCGCGAGCUCUCUCGGCUACACCAACCCAGACUACGAGACAUCCAGCGAAUACUCCGAUCCGAGCGAGCGGAGACGGUACCGACACACCGUGGAGGACUCCUGUGCUAUCGAGGACGAUCCUGCCGAUGCAGCGACAGCUGAUCCCAUGGCGGUCAGCGAGAGCACCAAGCUCAAGGGCAUUUACUGGCCAGGCAUGGACAUCUUCGACUCUGCAACCCCAGAGAUGCGACGCAAGCGGAAUCAGAAGAAAGACAGCUCGGUCGUCGAGCAGCUGGAGCUCAAUUCGCAGGAUGUCGAGCCUACCGAGCUCAUCUUUACCCCACAGGGGUCACUUAAACGCCAGCGGAGGAUCUCGAGCUCCGUCUACGACGACGAGGAAGAGGAUUUCAUCAAGACAGAGAGCCCGAGACAAGCAUUGACGCGACCCGUCCUAACAGACAUGGAUGCCAAUGCCCCGCGUCGGCCGCGCCAGCUUACUCGGCCUCCGACUUUUCCAUACCAUACGCGUGCUCAGUACGACGAUACCCGAAGCCGCUCCGACUUUGGUUAUGGCUACGGCGAUCGGGCUCCCAAGCGAAAGCGAGCGUUCGACGUCUUCCAGGACGAAGAGGUCUCGUUUACCCAGCCUGCACCUUUCAACUACCUCACGGCUGGAUUCCAGCAAGCUUCGCCAUCACCGGCACCUGCGUUGCCUUCGUACAAAGCCCUCAACGAGCCUUUUCAAUACGAGAAUAAGGAGAACAUUCUUCCUGCGAUUCAUCAGCCGACGUAUGAGCAUCAUCACCACCACCAGCCGACCGGCUACCACUACCAUGCUUAUGCCUACGGGCUCGGCCAGGAGCAUCACGGGUUCCAGUACCACAAUAGUCACCUGUACAUGAACAACAGCUACCAGCAACAGAACCAGGAGGAUGAUGACAAUCGUACCAUCACGGCUCCGCCCUCGCCAUCUACCGGCUAG